AUGAUAAAGUCAAAAAACUCCAUAUAUCAGUUGGCGUACCCCGCGACAGGGGAAAUGACACCGAUUCGGGAUUAUGCAGCUGAGUGUCAGCUACAAAAUAGAAACCUCCAACAGGGUAAAGUAAGGCGGAAUCCAUAUUCUGAGUCUCUUUGGGAAGCCUUAGGAGAAAAUAAGAGGACUAUACAGCGCAUCAACACCCAGGUGAGGAACAGACACCGGCCUCGGAGCUUAAAGCUGGAGCAAGAAGCCGACAUUCCGGUAAGAAAAAAGGUAGACUCGCCGUUAAACCUGAGAACGUUUGGCGACUACAUGACGCUGAAAUCCCCCAAGGUGGACCCCAAGCUUUUGAACACGCUGGACGUGGUGAAGAGGCUCGUGCAAACCGAAAGGGAGUAUAUCAAAAAAUUGGAGCUGGGCAAUUCCGUUUACAGAUUUGAAUUGCAGGCCAAGAAGGUUGGCAGUAUGUUGCUCGACAAGGAGCGUAACGACGAACUUCUGCUAUUCGGCGAUCUUGAGACUCUUGCAUCCGUUAGUAAAAUUUUGGUGAAACAGCUCGAAGAGAAAAUUGCCGAGGCGUAUGGCGGCGACAAGGGCGACAGCGACCAAAUUUUGAAGGAACUCCGUGUCCACCCGGACAAAUUAAGGGCCUUUAUUGAGCGCCUAGACAUAGGAACGGUGCUGGAGCAUCACUUUGAAAGGAUCAAAUAUCUGUACCUCACCUACUCUGUAAACCACCAGAAGCAGUUGGAGCUGCUCCAGCAGAUCCGGAGGAAACACAGCACCAUAUACUUCAAAUGGUACGACAGGUGUCUGCAGAAGGCCGAUUUAAUCAAAUUGGAGGAUAUUCUAAAAUUACCGGUGGAGAGACUCCGGACCUGGGGAGCAAUAACAGAACAGGUACUGCUUUACACUGAAGGAAUCAGUUCCGAUCUCGCCACCGCCCAGCUAUCUGAUUUCUAUGACCAAUAUUGCGUAUAUCUUCGGGGCGUCUCAACAAGCGAAAGGGAAUGUAAUUGUGAAGCAAAGGCAAACCUAGAGCUCACGCCAACGCAAAUAAUCCAUUUCUACGAGUGCAGUGUGGACCCGGAAGUCAGCGCCAUUGAUAUCAAAAGGAAAAAAUCGCAAAGUACCGCCCUGUCUGUGAAUACUGGCACAAGCAGUGCCUACUCCGAACCAAAUGUUUUGCCCAGCAAUAAGAUUAGUGAUUGCAAAUCUCCCGAUAGCGACUACGCUGAUCUAGAUAGGAGCAUAUGCCAGUUUUUUUCUGUGCGUAAAGGAUUACAGGACUUGCUGGUUGAGUUGGAACAGCUCGACUUGGCUGAGAUAAUCUGUCAGCAACUAGCCAACGCGAAAACUUGGCAUCGCCUAAUGGAUUUUGAACCACACAAUGAAAACUGCAAUAACUCCAUUUACAUUUCAUCAAUAUACACUGCAUUUAUUGACAAACUAAAUCAUCAGCGCGAAGAAAUUUCUGUCCUUCGAGUCAAGCACUUGAAGAAGGGCGUUAUAGACCCACUGCUGGUCUUGCUCGCGCGCACCGAUUCUGUCCGGGGUAAAAUUGACGACCUCAAGGUUCUCUCGAAGGAAUAUAAAGCAUAUAUGAAACAGAGAGACUACCAUGACAUCAAAAAGAAGGUCAUGGCCCAGAGUUUCGAGGAUGCGCAAGCACUUCUCGCUAAAGAGCUUCCUCAAUUUAUGGCUUUUAUGCAUAAAUCGAUAUCGUAUCUUUUGCUAAGAUACCACUCUCUGGUACUCGAGUACCUCAAAAUAUUAUGCGGAGGCGAAAAGCUGUUAAAGAAGGAACUAACCUUCUUCGAAGAGAGCGAGCGCGAGCUAGGAGAUAACUUUGAUAUUUUGCAGAUGUUCUCCUCCUCGAGGUUUUACACUAAGCAGGCCGUGAGGGGAAAUUGGCAGUUCCCAGGCAUUCCCAGCGCUAGCAGAGUCCUGCGCAAGCUAUUCGAGCUUUAA